GGUAGGGGUGGAGGCGGGGGUGGUGGCGGAGGCGGAGGCUGGAGAGGAGGAGGUGGAGCCAGUCAAAACAAUGGAUCCGGAAACACUGGUGACGCCUCUGGAUCACAAUUUAUACAGAUCUCUCAAGCAUCACAGCAAAGAAUCACAAAUCUUUUUGAUAUUGUACCAGGCCCUUACCGUGGAUGGAAAUUAUACUUCCAUCUAGAAGGAUUUGCUGAGGGAUCAGUGACUGUCAGAAAAGUUAGAGCUGCAGAAACAUUUAUCAAAAAACAUCGUCGACUCUACCCUCCCAGUGAAAUUGAAGAGAGGAGAUCAUUUGCCUUAGAUCUGAAAACAUUAUCAAUUGAUGAUGAUUUUAUUUCUGAGUGGCCUACAUUCAAAGAUGAUUUGGAUGAGGAACCGGAACAUACUUUAGGGUGCUUAGGUCUCGGCAUGCAUCAGGUCGUACUUCAAGCUUUGGAAGAAGAGACCCGUGCUCAUUUAACAGAGGCUGAAAAGGCUCAAUUACCACCCCAUAAUCUCCCUGCGAUUCGUGCCAGAAUUCUAAACCAUGAGCCUGUACUCCAGCUGAAGACACUUAAAGCCAACUAUUAUGGUAAACUUGUCUCAAUUAGAGGAACCGUCAUCCGAGUGGGAAAUUUGAAACUUUUGAGUGUAUGGAUGGCAUUUUCCUGUAAUACCUGUGGUAGUAUCCAAUGUGUCCGACAACCACAGGGCAAGUACACCCUGCCCUCAAAAUGCAGUGGUGAUAAUUGUCGUUCACGUUCCUAUGCUCCUAAGCACUCCUCACCAUUCACUCAGACCGUAAAUUAUCAAUCCAUCAAAGUACAAGAAAUAGCAGAUGAUGAACACCGAGAAGGUGGCAGAGUGCCAAGAAAUGUUGAAGUUGAACUAAUGGAAGACCUUGUUGAUUCAUGUGUUCCGGGUGAUGUUGUAAAUGUCACAGGAAUAAUGAGGGUUCACAAUACUGAAGAGACUAUCAAGCAGAAGAACUCAAGCAUGUUUCUCCUUUACAUAGAGGCUGCUUCUAUAAUGAGCAGCAAGACUAAUACUGCCAAAGGAAAGAAAUCAGUUGGCAUAGAAUUUAACAUGAAGGACUAUUACGCAAUACAAGAAAUCCACUCGGAGCCUUCACUGUUUCGGCUCCUUGUGAAUUCACUAUGUCCAACUAUUUUUGGACAUGAGGUUGUGAAAGCUGGUCUUCUCCUCGGUUUGGCAGGAGGCUCCCAUUAUUCUGGCCGUGACAGCCGGUGUGAUGCACAUAUUCUGGUUGUUGGUGACCCUGGCCUUGGGAAGUCCCAAAUGCUGCAAGCCUGUGCAAGUGUAGCUCCCCGUGGGGUUUAUGUUUGUGGGAACACCAGCACAACUUCUGGUCUUACUGUAACUCUGUCCAGAGAAAGUGGUGGAGACUAUGCUCUUGAGGCAGGAGCCUUAGUUCUGGCUGACCAAGGCUCCUGUUGCAUUGAUGAAUUUGACAAAAUGUCUACUCAACACCAGGCACUUUUAGAAGCUAUGGAGCAACAGAGCAUUUCUAUUGCCAAGGCUGGUGUAGUUUGCUCACUACCUGCAAGAACGUCAAUUUUGGCUGCGGCCAAUCCAGUCAGUGGUCAUUACAACAGGGCCAAAACCGUGUCUGAAAAUCUCCGUAUGGGUCAACCAUUACUCUCUCGGUUUGACCUUAUCUUCAUACUCAUGGAUCAGCCCAAUGAACAUUUAGACAAUCUUCUUUCAGAGCAUGUGAUGGCUCUUCACUCUGGCAUUCGCAGCCGGGGCAGUGUUAGUUGUUCUUCUUCAAGUCAGUCUCAAAGAGCUAGGCCGUCUGGUGAUGGGGAUAUCCCUCUGAGUGAACGACUUAGGCUAUAUCCAAAUGAAGCCUUUGACCCAAUUCCUCAUCAACUACUGCGGAAAUAUAUUGCCUAUGCUCGCAAAUAUGUUUGUCCCAGUUUGUCAGAAGAAGCUGGUGCAGUUAUAAGGCAAUUCUAUCUAGAUUUGAGAAAGAAACACCACACUGCUGAUUCUACUCCCGUGACAACGAGACAACUGGAAUCUCUUAUAAGACUUACUGAGGCCAGAGCUAAGCUGGAACUUCGUGAAACUGCUUCUGAACAAGACGCAUUAGAAGUUAUAGAGAUUUUCCGAUACAGCUUAGUGGAUUCCUUUGCAGAUGAGCUGGGUGUGCUGGAUUUCAACCGAUCUCAGAAUGGGUCUGGCAUGAGCAGCCGCAACAAGGCGAAAAAGUUCAUUGCAAUCCUUCAAAGGCGCUCAGACAUACAAUCAAAAGUUGUCUUUGAUGUCUCUGAAAUGAAGGAAGUUGCUCAAACCUGUGGCGUCCAUGGAGCUGACUUUUUUGAUUUUGUUAAUACUUUGAAUACUCAAGGAUUUCUUUUGAAAAAGGGAAAACAAUUUUAUCAGUUAUUGUCAGGGGGCCACUAA